AUGGGUGACGCCGGUUUCUUCAAGGGUACAAGCACAGACCAAGAUAGCCGUUUCAGCAAUAAAGAAAAGAAGCUCCUUAAAACUAUGUCCUUUCCUCCAGAAUUCGAUCAAAAGGUGGAUAUGAACAAAGUAAAUUUAGAUGUCAUUAAACCGUGGAUUAGUAACAGAAUAACAGAACUGCUUGGCUUUGAAGAUGAAGUCAUUAUUGAUUACACAUGUGGUUUGCUUGAAGAAAAGAAACCGGAUCCAAGAAGAAUCCAAAUCAACCUGACCGGAUUUCUGGAAAGCAAAACAAAAGUGUUUUUAAGUGAACUUUGGAAAUUGUUACUAAGUGCCCAAAACUCUGUAGGUGGAAUUCCAGCUGCUUUUAUUGAACAAAAGAAAGAAGAAUUGCGUAAGAAAAAAGAACAAGAAGAAGAAAGAAAAUCACAACGUGAAUCUGUUAUGGACACUAUUCGUAAAAAGCGUGCCGAUGAAAUGGUAGACUUGAAAGAAGGCUCUAAAAGAAGAUCUCGUUUUAUCUCGCUCUCCUUCUCGUGA